AUGGUUGCUUGGCUCGAACGCGUGUGGGACUACGCAGGAGUUGAUCCGGCUCCGCCCACCCCUGACAUUGUGCAAUGCCUUGCUGCCGUAAAGGACAUUGAAGUGCAUGAAGCGCCUGCGUGGUGGACUUUCCUGCAGGAGGCUGUUCAGCAUGGCGAAGCCCUUCGCGUCUAUAUGAUCGUGGGGUUUGUGUGCCUCGCUCACCCUGCCUUCGCUGAGGCCCUGCUGACGCCGACAUUUUUACAAGCAUGUACAGAAGCUGCAUCGGACGAAGAAGCAGCAUGUGCGUUUGCCCACAUGCUCAGUGAUGUGGCAUCGCAGCCAUCUUUACGCCCUGCCAUCGCUGGCCACGCGGAUGUACAGACCUGGAUCGAGGCACACACAACAUUAUCGCACAUCGAGACCGCGCUAUGCACCGACCUAGUGCUAAUCAAGCUCGCUAUCACUAGCGAUCCCUCCUCCUCCGAGCCACUCUCGCUCCCAGCUGCCACCUGUGAUCAGAUCUACGAUGCAUUGCGUGACUACCUGUUGGACCAUACCUCGAUCGACGCCAAUCGUGCGCCCUUGCAAUUUCAACGGCGUACAAUUGUGCAGAUGGAUGCCUUGGAAAGCUUGUACUACCUCGUCUCCCUCCCAGCGUUCCGUGAGAAACUCAGUUCUGAUACCAAGCUUCUCCAGGCUCUUCGUGCCCUUCUCUCUUCGUCCAUUAAGAAGGCUGUGUUUCCAGCGCGCGAUGGCGAAGCUGUCGCAUCCACGUACGACGAGCAUACAUAUAUGCGCGGGCCCCUUUCAUCUUCGGCGACGUUUGUUUUGGUCUCGAUUCUCUCGGUGAUGGUGGCCUACCUUCCUCCGCGAAGCACGCAGGAGCGCCAAGUUGAAGCGCUACGUCGCUCUGCGUUGAAGCAAUCGCAGUCGGACGAUGUACGAUUGCAGCCGCCAGCUGUGGAGCAACGAUGCCGCCGUCUUAUUGAGGUAGGACUCGUACCGCCCUUGGUCUCUCUGUGCACGCCUACGCUCUCUUCUUCUCUACGCCCCCUCUUGUGUGACCUAUUUCUUGCUUUGACUACGGAACAGGAUGCGCAGCUGCGUGGUCUUCUCCUGCAGCAGGGCGCCAGCAAAGCGUUGCUCCUUCUCUCUCAAAGCACAUGGCCUUUGCUGACCAAUGACACAACGCUACCAGCCAAGGCUCUGGCUCCGAUGCAGGCGCUCGCCAAGCUGUGUAUCUCCACCGAUCCAACCUUGAUCUUCGGCAUGGACGGCACUAUGAUGCGAGCGGCUACUUACCUAAGUACACUCCUUCUCACUCCCAUCGCGUCGCUCUUGCAAUUGUUUGAGGGUGCCUUGGCUUUGACCAAUCUGGCGAGUGUCUCGCCUGCCAUGGCUACAGCGGUAGCGCGGACGACCUGUCCUCUAUCUGAGUGGAAAGACGUAUCGCAGGCGAUGAUCCCCCUUUUUCUUCAGCAUGACUCUGUCAUGAUUCGUCGCGCUCUCGUGGAACUGCUCUGUAAUUUGGCCCAAGAUUCGGAGGUGUUUGCGUUCUGGAGUGGCGAGCAGGACCCAGAUGAAGACGACAAUGCCUCUUCGACAUUGCGGCUGCAUACAGCGUCAGGCCGACUUCGUCUUCUUGUAUCGCUGUGCCAUCUCUCUGACGAUCCACAUCAAGUGGCUUUGGCCAAAGCCUCUGCAGGCCUGCUAGCCACACUCUCUAGCUCCGUCUCCGCGUGCGACAAGCUCAGCCAGAUGCCUCCAGCGUCGCUAGCGCCUCUUGCGGAUCUUCUUACGUCGUCUCUUUCUUCGAUGCAGGAUACCCAGGAUUUGGCCUUACGUGUCCUGUCCGUGCUAUCGAAUCUAUGUGCGUAUGCCGAGUGGCUCGGAGAGUCUACAACACAGCGCCAGCACAUCCGCGCUCUGUUGGCGCAGGCUGGGUUGGUCGCUGCGGUGGGCCACUACCUGCAAACGCAGGCUCCUUUGCACGACGCUACACAGCCUCUUCGCGAGGAGGCCUUGGCUCUGGGUGUCGAUCUAUUGAAGCGGUUAUCGUCUUAA